GCAUUAUACGAGUUACCAUAUUGUAAUAUUGUUUCGUUGAAGAAAUGAAUAUUUUUGUUAUUUUCAUUAUAAUAGCAUUUGUGAAUGCUAAACCGAUGGAAGAUUUAAAUAAAGAUCAAAUAACAGAUGUGAAAGGAACAAAAUUAUCAUCGUACAUUGAAAAUUUCAAAACAACAAUAUCUGAAAAUGUCGAUAAGGAAUACAUAAAUCUAUCAAAACAAGAUAAAGAAGAAGUUAAUAGAAAUUUAGAUGAAUUCGUUGAGAAAUUUACAGAAGAUUUAAUCGAAGUGUUUUCAGAUAAAGAUAUAAAAUUAGGAAUAAAUACAAAAAAGAGAAUAGACGGUCUAUCGAAGUUAGACCAAGAUAUAAAAACUACAGUCCUAAGGGAAUUUCCAGAUACAGACGACGUGACAGCUGACGAAAUCGUGUACAGAUUAAAAAAUAACAUUUUAAACACGCGUAGUAAAUUAAAAAGUAUCAUCGAUAAAUCUAAAAGAAUUUGAAGUAUA